AAUCGCCCAAAUCCCCCAGAAGUUACCAAGUGAUCGCGUCCGCAAGUUACCGGAGUGUUUAUGUUUUGGUUAUCAAAAUCGAUUUAUCGCAUUUUUUGGAGUGAAAGAAUGUAAAAUGCGGGUUUUUAUUGCGUUUUUCUUGUAUUUCGCACUCAGUGAAGGACGUGUCAUAACAUUUGAUUUAUCAAAUUAUGAGCCCCAAAAUGCCACGACACAGGUACAAAAAGUGCACGUCAACUUGACCCGUGUUACGCAAAUUUGGGUCGUUAAUAUACCCGAGACUGUCGGCUUUUUUAUUGUUCAAAUUCAUUCAUUUCCCGAUAACGUAACCCUAUCUUCAUCACCUAAAUUCAAGUCAAAAACAACAAUAAAAGGGGCCAAUGUGGGCUUGGUUUCCUUUAAUUUAAGUGAUACGAUGUUUUACGUUAGAAAUAAAAAUGAAACUCGGGCUUUAAUCGUUGUGACAAUUUAUCAAACCGAAGAUCCCGUUCCCGGGGGCUGUAACUUGUCGUUUCCGACCGAGUAUGCCCCCUACCAACUCGUCUCAAACACUGACGAAGUUGUUGUAGUCCAAAGUCAGCCCCCUUCAAUAAUCGACGCCACCUGUGAUAAAAACAAGUUACAAGUCGAUAUGUACCACUUGUAUCUGCACGAGAAUAACUACGACCCGUCUUACUACUUUGGCGGAAUUGAGCGAAUGUUGACCGUUGACUUAAUUAAAAAAAACGGCUAUAAAGUCUCAACAGUCGAUGGUUAUUUCAAAUACCGCAAAUUAUACUCCGCCUACAGGGGCGUAGGUCAAGUUUUCGCAAUCGUAGCGACAAACGGUAACGUAAGCUCGGCCUACGUUCCCGCAGUUUCGUACAGUUGCGACCUAACGCAGCCCGAAACUUGCACCGGCCCUGUCACCCCUCAUUGGAAACUAAUCUGCGCAAUAAUGACAAUUUUUGGGGUCUUUGUGUGCUUUUUUGGGCACAGAUUUUUCAGACUCACCCUGUUUUUGGCCGGUUUUACACUGGGCCUGUUCGUAACUUACGUUAUCUUGUCCUUGAGUAGCAACAGUUUAACAGUUGAAGAAAAAGCGACCACUUCGAUUAUUAUAGGGAUGAUAUACGGGGCGGUUUGGUUACUAGUUUGGUGGAAAUUUGGAAUCCCGAUUUUCUCGGCCGGCUUGACGUUUUUCAUGGCGGCCUUUUUAAUGGCCUCUAUUAUUUUUUAUUCGGGCAUUUCCGAUUUGUGGAUUUUUCGCAACAAUGCCAACUUCUGGCUCACUUUCGCCUCAAUUGUGGUCACUUUUCUCACAAUUUGGACGAUGUGGACUUUGGAGGGGCACAUUUUCGGGUGUAGUUUUCUGGGGGCGUAUUCCUGCGUUGCCGCGUUGAAUUAUUACAUCGGCGGAAAUUUGCAAUAUAUUGUUAUUAAUUCCUUCAGGAGAAUAGCCGUCAAGAAUUUUAAUAUGGCAACAGUGGACCCUCCGUUUCAAAUUUUGGAUAUUUCGCAGAGUAUUUUGUUGGUGGUGAUGACCACUUAUGGCUUUUAUUACCAGAUGAAAGAACAAAGGGGGAAGCCGCCGUUCCCUCCACAUCGGUACACAAGAAUUGAAGAAGGGGUGAGCGAGAGGACUCCCUUGGUGGGAAAUAGUGGGGUUAUUUAUUCUGAUAUUUAAACCAGUGAUACUUUAUUGAGUCUGCGGUGCUUUAUUAAGACUCUCUUUUAUGCCAGACUGAUGUAAUUAUUUUUUAAUAAAAGACUUUUUACCACCA